AUGAAGACAUACAAAACACACUCCAAGGAAAGAGCUACAGUGCCGAGAAGAAAAAAGGUACGGGGAAAUCGGAGGAAGGCACCUGAAGACGACAUAUGGCAUGGCUUUGGAGAUGAUACGCCUCCAUUCGAUGAGGAGAACAAAGAGGAAAGCGCUGAAAAAUCAAAUGAUGUGCGGGUCGUUCUGCUAGGAGCCGAGGAGAAGAGAGCGAUGUGUCAGAAACGCGACUCCGUGGUCGAUUUGAAGCAACUCGGUUGGGGUCGAUGGGUGAUAGCCCCGGCAGAUUUUGAGGCCGGAUUCUGCUCGGGAAUUUGUCCGGACCCGCUUCCGAAGGACAUGCAUCCAUCCAACCAUGCUCUGCUACAAACCCUAUUGAAGUCGGCGUCGGUGCCAUCAGUAUGCUGUUCACCGUCUCAGACACGGUCGUUGACGAUCUUCUAUCGAGACGAGCUUGGCCGGUCUACUAUUCGGAACUUUGAAAAUAUGAUUAUUGAGUCUUGUACAUGUCAGUAA